CGGAACGGUGCGGCGUGCAUAGGCACGAGCGUAAGAAUUAGGAUACACAUACAAACGCACUUCGGGCUGAACGUCAACAACAUUUAUCAACAAACAACCUCAGCAGGGAUCAGUCUAUCACUUUGGAUUCUUUUUUUUCCAGGGGAAAUUUGUUUUUGGAGAUGUCCCACGUCCAGUUAUCAACCACGCUAGAGAGGAUGGUGGCCAGGAAGACCUUCCCUCUCCAGAGGCGCACCGGAGUCUGUCGAAACCUCUUCGGACCGGUGGAUCACGACGAGCUGAACCGGGAGAUGAAAGAAAAAUUGCGAGAGAUUUCCGAACGGGACCAGCAGAGAUGGAACUUUAAUUUCGAGGCCAACACCCCGUUGGAAGGGGAUUACGAGUGGGAGGCGGUGACUGCGGAUAAGACCCCGGUGUUUUACCAGGACUCUGUGCAGGACGGCAAAAUCCGAGUGCCCGUGCCCACGUCGGAUUCUGCUCUCCCGGAGAGCCCUCGUGCGGACGCACUGGAUCGCCUGGCCGUGCCAGAGAGCAGCAGCUCUCCUUGCGCGGGGGAGAUCAACCAGGAGAACCGCAUAGACAAGAUCAACUCAGGGAAAGCGACCACCAGGCAGCUCCCGUGUGUCAGGCGCAAGAGAACGGCCGCUCCUGACAGCAACACACACAUCACAGACUUCUACGUGAAACGAAAGAGGCCUACUGAUAUAAAACCGAGUGACAUGACCGCCUGUCUCCUCUCCAAGUCUCCAAUCCAGGUGGAACAAACUCCGCGGAAGAGGAUCCGUUGAAGGUGUUUUUUGUUCGUUUUGCACUAUUUUCCUGCGCAUUUUGAGGAUCACGGGAGACUGUUUCUCCACCACCCCGUCAACCGACCCAUCCACUCAAGCAACUGAAACGCAGGAGAGAGAGAAGAGGACGGUGUUGGGGGGACAAAGAAGUCCGAACGGUCGGCUGUGGCUCGAUGCGCCCCGGCGGAGCGCAAUCCGAGCUCCUGACCAGGCUCAGGACUCUGAACGGUUUGGGGGUGGGGUGGGAGGGGGGGCAGGAGAAAAAGAAAGAGAGAGGAGAUUUCUCCGAAUGACUUCUAUCCAGUACAAAUGUAGCAUUUCAUUGUUGCUUUUGCAUACAGCCACUCGACAGUGUUAAAUGUUUUAACAUCUGUGCAAUUAUAAAAAAAUUCUUUAAAAGAAUCGUCUACACUGGCCAAAAGUGUACAGCUUUAUAGAGACAAUACCUUAUAAAUGUUUAUUUCUGUUCUCGUUUGUGUAUGCGUGCGUGUUUAUUAUUAUUUGUUUUCCCUUUGUUCGGUAAAAUGUAUAUUUUUUUAAGUCUAUUCUAACUUAUAAUUUAU